AUGUCGAACGAAGCCAUUGGCUUGGUGGUCGUGUCUGCGUUGUACAUCGUGUAUAAAAUCCUCAAUCAAACAGACACCCCCAAGAUAAAGGGCAUACCAGAGAUCCCCGGAUGGCCACUAUUUGGAAACCUGCUGGAACUCGGGAAUGAGCAUGCGAAGGUCGCUCGAGGAUGGGCUAAGAAAUAUGGGCCCGUAUUCCAAGUUCGUAUGGGGAAUAAAAGGAUAGUGUUCGCGAAUACAUUCGACUCCGUCAGGCAUUUUUGGAUCACCAAUCAGUCGGCCUUGAUCUCCAGACCUACUUUACACACCUUUCACAAGGUGGUGUCGAGCACCCAAGGAUUCACAAUCGGCACCAGCCCUUGGGAUGAGUCGUGCAAGAAACGGCGAAAGGCCGCAGCGACGGCGUUGAACCGUCCCGCAGUCCAGUCAUACAUGCCUAUCAUCGAUCUCGAGUCCAUGGCCAGCAUCAAGGAGAUGUUGCAGGACAGCCAAAACGGGGUCGUGGACAUCGAUCCCAACCCGUAUUUCCAGAAAUAUGCGCUGAACACGUCACUGACGCUGAACUAUGGUUUCCGGAUCACGGGAAACAUCGACGAUGAGCUGCUGAAAGAGAUCGUGCACAUCGAGCGGGAGGUGUCGAACUUCCGUAGUACGAGCAAUAACUGGCAAGAUUAUAUCCCGUUGCUUCGUCUUUGGCCAAAUACAGACACGGCGGCCAGGGAAACUCGCCAUCGCCGAGACGUGUACAUGGAGAAGCUGCUCAACAUGCUAGAGGAGCGGAUUGCUAAUGGCACAGACAAGCCAUGCAUCACUGGUAACAUCUUGAAAGAUCCGGAAGCGAAACUAAACAGAGCCGAAAUCAAAUCAAUCUGCUUGACCAUGGUAUCCGCCGGCCUAGACACCGUCCCCGGCAACCUCAUCAUGGGCCUCGCCUACCUCUCCUCCCCCGCCGGCCAACGCAUCCAAGCCCGCGCUCACGCCGAGAUCCGCUCCGUCUACCCCGCCGGCGACGCCUGGACACGCUGCCUCGCCGAAGAGAAGCUCCCCUAUGUGUCCGCGCUGGUCAAGGAGAUCCUCCGCUACUGGAUCGUUAUCCCCAUCUGCCUGCCGCGGGUCUCCGUCAAAGACAUCGCGUACAACGGCGCCGUCAUCCCCACCGGCACGACGUUCUACAUGAACGCGUAUGCGGCGGACUAUGACGACGCGCAUUUCAAGGACCCCGACACGUUUGAGCCGGAGAGGUUUCUGGAUUCGUCGAUGGAUGGGUCGGGGACGCCGCAUUAUGCGUAUGGAGCUGGGAGCAGGAUGUGUGCCGGAAGUCAUCUGGCGAACCGCGAGCUGUUCACGGCGUUUGUGAGACUCAUUGAGGCGUUUGAGUUCCGGUGGCCGGAGAAGGAGGACGAUCGGCCGCUGUUGGAUGCGUUAAAGGCGAAUGCAUUGCCGACGAGCUUGACGAUGGAGCCGAGGCCAUUUAAACUGGGGUUGAAGGUACGAGAUCCGGAGGCGUUGGAAGGGUGGUUGAGUGAGAGCGAGGAGUGGACGAAGCAUUUGUAG